AUGGCAGCAGUUGCAGCGGAAGGUCCGAUGGCCAAACAUAUCCGUGAAAAAUUGAGUGCCAACUUUAAUGUAAGUACUUUGAAUUCUUGUUUUUGUUAUUUUAGGUAACAGAAAAAGGUUUUCUUUGAUUUUUGAAACGUUUUUUGUAAUUCUUAUCGAAUGAGUUAAAAUAUGAGCUUUGAUAGCUUUAGCUACCUAUUACAAUAUAAAACGUGUCUUUUAAUGAAUCUAUUCUUUUAGCCAGCUCAUCUAGAAGUAGAAUGUGAAAGUCAGUUGCAUAAUGUACCGAAAGGCGUGGAGAUCCACUUCCGAGUUCAAAUAGUAUCGGAUAAAUUCGAAGGGCUAUCAAAAAUUCAGGUAUGUUAAUGUAGUUUUUGUUGUUUCUCUAAAUUUAGGCCACUGAUUGAUUUCAAAUUUUGUAAAAGCUUGAGAAGACAUUGAAGAAGCUUAUGAGUACAAGAAUUUAUAACACUGAAUAUUAUUUCAGCGCCAUCGACUGGUAAACAAGUGUUUAGCGGAGGAACUCGAAUCAGACAUCCACGCGUUACGAAUCCAAGCCCUGGAGCCAAAAGAAUACGACGGAAAUAAGCAAGAUGCUGCUCCAAAGUGCGGUGGUGGUCACGGAUUGUAA